AUGGGAGAGCAGGCAUGUAAAAAUGAUGCGAUCCUCUUGAGCAUUUUCGUUUCGGUUUUAAUACUAUUUGUCUACGUAAUGAUUUCCUACUUAUAUCCGAGAUCAAAACGAAUGCGAGCAUGUAAUUUCUUUAGUAUUGAGUUACCACCUGCGGUUUACAGGAACAAGGAUCUGAUUGGGGUCGGUUCAGGCCCUGAUGGAGCUCCUACGCUUCCAUCCUUGUUUCUCACUGCAGCAGAAUUAGAAAUGUUCUCACACGAGCCACCAGCACCUCAGCGAGGUCUUCUUCUGACUCCAGAGGAGUGCAUGCUUUUACGAGCAGAGAAUCGAAGUGGGUGUUCUAUCGAAGGAACAGAUCAGUCAUUGUUCAAAUUCAAAUACGGUGACGCCCCAAUGACUGUAGACUCAACUUUCACGAGAGACUACAGGACGGUAGACACUGUGCUUGGCACGGUAGAAGUAGUAGCGAAGACAGUUGGAGGUGCGACGAUGAACACUGCUGACACAGUGGAUGUCGAGAGACGCUACAAGAGGAAAGGAGCCAAAGUCACUGAAGGUAGUAUGGAAUAAGAUUAGAAGGAGAAAAAAUCAUGGCAGAAG